ACACAAUCUCCGUUUUGGAUCAUGUGACUGCUAAAGACAGCAGUAUAUAGAUCUAAUAAUUUUCAUCAGAGCACGAUCGGACACCUCGAGUGAUCACUGUAUAGUAUUGAAAUUCGGCUUGCAGCACCAACAUGUCUCCCCUGUGGGUACUGCUUCUACUGCCAACCUUGACCUACGCUGGGGUCACAGAGGACGCGACCCGUUUGUUCUCGUCGCUCGACACCAACGGAGACGGUAAACUGGAACCGGAGGAGUUUUUUGUUUACAUGCGGGCUUUCGAUAUCGACCAUGAUGGAGGCAUGUCCCUAGCCGAGCACCAGAAUUUGAUCAACUCUGUUGUUCCUGCCCUGGUCAAGUACGUGGCCCCCCGUUUCAAUGAGGUGGACCUGAACAAGGACGGCAAGCACGACGAAGCAGAGAUGUACCAGACGCUUCUAUUCAUGGACACCGACAAGAGCGGCAUUGUUGAAAGGCCGGAGUUUGUCAAAUUUAUCGAAUAUAUCUCAAGUUACAAGAUCUAGAUCUUCGUACUUACUGAUAAUAGCGAUGAUAACCCUCUACUAUAAAAAAUAUAAAUUUUGAAUGUGAAAAUAAAGCUUUUUAGAAGCA